GUUGUGGUCUGAAACGCAGGUCUCAGGAUUGGGGAUCGAGUAGCUCAGUCGAGUUGAAAUCAUCCGACACCGGAAGUGAGAAGGGAGCUUAGAGUGUGUGUGUGAUUAGCCAUCCCAUUGGCCGGCGCGAACAUUUGCGAGCAGCAAAUGUGCAGGAGCGUUUCCGUGUGGCCAGAAGUGAGCAGAAGUGGAAGAAGAAGUGUAGUUCAAACGUUUUAAAUAGCGCGCCCGCGGGUGAAUCGCUGGAAUCUAGCGAUCUAGCGAUGCACCAGACCCAGCCACGUUUGCCUCACCAUCGAGGCAAACGAUGGAAGCGCUAUCUUCAGCGAUCGAAGAUGGCGACGAUGACGACGACGACGACGACGACGACGAUGAAGAAGGCGGCGACGAUCAGUAGGCCAUCAUGGUACGCUGGUGGGUUAAGUGAAGUAACGGGUGCCGCGUUGGUUGCCAUCAUCGCUGGUGGCUUGAUGGUGUUUGCAGCUGCCGCCGAUCCCGGUCUCGGCCGAAUGGACGGUUUGGUCGACAUGAUCGAACAGUUCGGAAUGCCAGCGUUACCAUCGGGCAUCUCACCAUCGACGGGCAUGUGUAACGGCACUCGGAACGCCUAUCAAACGCAUCAGCAUCUAGCCUACAACCUCAACCAGGACACGGUGCUGAGCAUCGCAACGAUGAGUAGCUUUCCCGAGGGAUUUCCGAUCGACUUUUCGUUGCUCGUGGCAUUGCGCGCCAAUCGUGGCCUCGAAAGGGUGCCCCUGUUUGCGGUAUACUCCUCCGAGUCGGAGGAAACACUGAUGCUGAUGGUGGGUCGCGAUGUCGCACUGUACUACUACGACGGUAAUCCGGAGGACGAUGAGCAGGAUCAGUACCAGAACAUGAUCAGCUUCGGCGUAAGCAUCGACGAUGGCGAGUGGCAUCGGUUAGGGUUCAGCGUUAAGGGUAACUCCGUCACACUGAUCGUUGACUGCGAUCGACAAAUAACGCGAGCAUUGAACCGCCGCUCCGGCGUACAGCUGUCGACCGAUGGACUCAUCCUGACCGGAAUGCAGUUGAACGAAGAGGCCGGAUUCUUUACGGGGGAUCUGCAACUGUUAAUGAUCGCGAACACACCGGACGAGGCGUACCAUGUCUGUACCAAGUACGCACCGAGCUGUGCCGGAGGAACGGGCAGCGUUUCGAGGCACUCCUCGUCGACAACUACAACGAGGGUUGUGGAUGGUUCCUCGGGACAAACGGUGACCGUAACACGCACACACCAGACCAGCACUGGACGUGGUGGUGAUCGAUCAUCCUCCUCUUCCUCCUCUUCCUCCUCGUCGUCGACAUCCUCAUCAGCAUCGGCCACCAGGGGUCAAGGUGCAUCCAACAUCCGGGAUCAGGUGUUGCGCGAGUCGGUUUCGAUCACUGGCGGUCCGAGUGCCCGCCAGUUCGUGGGAGAUCGUGAGUUUGUCGAUCUGGACGGUAAUGGCGAGGGUUCGGGCUUUUCUCUGAUCGGUGAGGAAGAUGAAUACUACACCAACCUGGAGUUUGGUGGCGAUAUCCAUGGCCGUGUGGAUGGGUCUGCGAAGAACCGGACCGAAAAUCGAGGCACCGACGAGCGACAUCCAUCGGUGGAUUCGUACGAUCAGCGUCGUCCGGUGCUGCCACUGCCUGAUCCGGAGUAUGAUGCAUCCGCCGGCGGUGAUCGGCGUCCUUCCCCUAGUGGACCACCAGCAGGGCGAACUGGUGGAACGAAUCGAACGGAUCCAGGAUUCAGACUGGAGCAUGAGGAAGAUGAUGAGGAUCGUUCCGUGGGCUUUCCAGCACAAUCCAGGGUGAGCAUCGUUGGCGGUGUGAAGACUAUCCGUGGACCGCGCGGACCACCGGGAGAACCGGGCCCGAAAGGAGAACCGGGACGUGAUGGAUUGGCGGGCCAAUCGGGCCCAUCCGGACCACCGGGGCACGUCUUUAUGAUGCCGCUAGUGUCGGCCGGUAACGAGAAAGGACCGGACUCGCAGGCGGAAGCACUUCGCCAGAUGCUGUCCCAGCACAUGACGGCGAUGCGAGGUGCCGAUGGACCGAUGGGCUUGACUGGCGUUCCUGGAGCAGUUGGACCACCCGGACCGGAGGGUGUCAAGGGAGAACCGGGUGAUACUGGCGAACCGGGACCGAUGGGACCUCGGGGAGUGGUUGGACCAAAGGGACCUAUGGGUCGACGUGGACGCUCUGGGCGUGACGGUGAACGUGGUGCCACCGGUCUGCAAGGCGUCAAGGGAGAGCAAGGACCUAUCGGACUUCCCGGGUUCCCCGGCGAAAAGGGUGAACGCGGUCGGCAAGGUCAGGCGGGUGAGAAAGGCAGUCAAGGUCAUGACGGUGCCCAGGGUGAGGAUGGUCCACCGGGACUGCCCGGACUGACCGGGGAGCUCGGACCACGAGGAUUUACGGGACCGCGGGGCUUUCCGGGACCGUCCGGCAAUCCGGGACUUCCCGGUUCGGAAGGUGUCCCCGGAUCGAAGGGCAACCCGGGCCCUCAAGGACAGCCAGGCUCACCAGGCCAGACCGGUUCGCAAGGGCCGGUAGGUUCGCCGGGACCUCAGGGAAUGUUGGGACCUCCGGGCAUUCCCGGUCCGCACGGUAAGACCGGUCUACCCGGACUGCCUGGUGCCGAUGGACAAAUGGGACGUGAGGGUAAUCCCGGUAUUGCCGGACCAAAGGGAGACGUUGGACCACAGGGAGUGCAAGGACCGAUCGGAUUCCCGGGCAACCGUGGACCGAAGGGUGAUGAUGGGGAGCGUGGCGCUGCCGGUGAUAAGGGAGAGAAGGGCGAGCAAGGACAUGACGGGGAUAAGGGCGAUAUGGGGCCACCGGGAGAGCGGGGCCUCCUCGGUGCGACCGGUGCGGCCGGAUCCGAAGGUCCGGAAGGACCGAAGGGCUUCGAAGGUCAACGAGGAGAAACCGGCAUGAUGGGGCUUACCGGCGAUAAAGGAAAGCAGGGCGUGCAGGGAUUCCCGGGAUACCCUGGACCACCGGGCGAUAAAGGAGACAAGGGAUCCUUCGGUAUGGCCGGUCUACCGGGAGAGAAAGGAGAAAGAGGAAACACGGGACUUCAAGGAGAACGUGGAGAAGUCGGACCAAGGGGCUUCCGAGGACCACGGGGCAGACGAGGAGCCGACGGUACUACAGGGCCAAAAGGAGACACUGGCCAGCCAGGAUCACCUGGUGCCCAAGGCGAAAUCGGAAUGCAAGGUCCGGAAGGUCCGCGUGGAUUCAUCGGCCUACCAGGGCCACCAGGCAAUAAUGGCAAGGAUGGACCUCCAGGAACUUCGGGCGAACGUGGACCACCGGGAGAGAAUGGAAAUCCGGGACCAAUCGGUUCUCCAGGAGUAGUGGGACCACGAGGAUAUUCGGGAGAAGUUGGCCCAGUUGGGGAGCCCGGCAUACCGGGACUUCCGGGACUGCCAGGAGAGCCGGGAGUGCCGGGAGAUACCGGCAAGGAGGGUCAGCCUGGACUGCCGGGACCACCGGGAAAGAACGGACCUCAGGGUGGCCAAGGAUUGCCCGGAUUCCCCGGAGAGCGCGGUAUGAUGGGUAUGCCUGGUAUGCCGGGUCUCAAGGGAGAACUUGGCAUUCCCGGGCUGAUGGGACCGAUCGGCGAUAAAGGACAACCGGGAGAACCGGGUCGGGAGGGACCACCGGGUCCGGAAGGAAGGCCGGGCCCACCAGGUCCAGCGGGACCAUCAGGAUCGAAAGGGGAUCGCGGUGAGCAAGGCCUGGUCGGUCCGAUUGGACGUGACGGAUUGCCGGGACAGCGUGGUUUAGCAGGAGCCCCCGGACCAGUGGGACCACCAGGAGAAGAUGGCGACAAGGGAGACAUGGGACCACCGGGAGAGAAAGGCUUCAAGGGAGCUCAAGGUGAAGCGGGACCAGUUGGAUCCCCUGGAUCUCAAGGUAGCCGCGGUGAGCCGGGUGCAGUUGGAGCUCAGGGCGAAAAAGGGCCACCGGGCGAGAUGGGACGCAAUGGACCGAAGGGAGAGGAUGGCCCAACAGGACUGCCCGGAUCACCGGGCCCAGCUGGACCACAAGGAAUGCCCGGUCCGUCUGGCAUGAAGGGUGAUCGUGGUGAUGAUGGUCCAGUUGGGCCAGUAGGACCGGCCGGUCCGCCUGGGGAACCAGGUCGUCGAGGACCACGAGGUGCGGAAGGAAGUCCUGGGGCGGCGGGAUCACCGGGACCACAGGGAAUAGCCGGCGAAGCAGGUCCACAAGGGCCACCGGGACCAAUCGGACCGGAAGGCAAGGAAGGCGAGAAGGGUGCCAUCGGACCGAAAGGUGAAGAAGGCAAAUCCGGUGUUCCGGGACCACCCGGUAAGCGUGGCCUGCCAGGACCGGAAGGAGCGAAGGGUGUCGCUGGUCCACCCGGAUUCCCGGGCAGUCCAGGUGAGCCGGGACUGGUCGGACCGAAGGGAGAGAUCGGGAAGGAUGGUGACGAUGGGAAGCAGGGAGAACCAGGAACACCGGGAGAAAUCGGACCACCGGGACCGCCGGGUGAAUUGGGACCUCCUGGGAAGGUUGGCCCGGAAGGUCCAGCCGGAGCACAAGGUACGACCGGUGUGGCUGGUGAGAAGGGUGACCGUGGACUGCCUGGACCUCAGGGCAACAUCGGUCUUACCGGUCCACAGGGAAUGCCGGGCACGCAGGGAUCACCGGGAUUGCGAGGAUCUCCUGGACCAUCGGGAGAAAUCGGCCCCGUCGGUAAACCUGGUGAUGCGGGAGCUCCUGGCAAGGCCGGAGAAGUUGGCGCCAAAGGUCCUAAAGGUGAUCGUGGUCGCCGCGGAGUGAAAGGACAUCGGGGCGAACUUGGCCUCGUCGGACUGAAGGGUGACGCUGGUGAGAAAGGCGACAAAGGUAUCCGCGGUACUCCCGGUUCGGAAGGAUCGAAAGGCGAACUAGGACCGCUGGGUCCGCUCGGACCGAAGGGUAACGAUGGCCCUCAAGGACCUCCCGGGCACGAUGGCCCGACGGGUCCGAAGGGAACGGAUGGUGUGGCCGGAUUGCGAGGCGAUCCGGGACCACCUGGUCCACCUGGCCCACCAGGACCACCGGCCGAUGGACCACUCAUCCCACCGGAGCUUCUAUUCCGCAUGAACGAGUUCACGCUUACGAAGGGCGAGGAUCGAAUGAAGCGUGACGCUGGAGACGGUCCCGAUGGUGAGCUGGACAAUGAGCUGGACGAUUUCGACGAGGAACUGCUUAAAGUGGAACCAAGGAAGAAGAAAAAGAAGAAGUCCAAAGCCAAAUCAUCCGAUCUUGGGCCCAAGUACAUGGAUAUGUACAGCUCGAUCUACUCGAUGCGCCAGGAGCUGGACCGGAUCCGUAAACCGGUCGGUACGCGCGAGAAUCCGGCCAGGACGUGUCGCGAUCUGCACUACGGACAUCCUCAGUUCAAGGAUGGUUGGUACUGGAUUGAUCCGAACCUUGGAAUGGGCGAUGAUGCGGUGUACGUGUUCUGCAACAUGACAUCGGCCGGUGAGACGUGCGUCUUCCCCGACAUCCACAGCUCGCAGAUGCCAACGAUACCGUGGCGCAAGGAGAACGACAAAACGGAUUGGUACUCUAACUUACGAGGAGGAUUUAGGAUAUCCUACGAAACCGUGGGCACCGUGCAGAUGACAUUCCUGCGGCUGCUCUCACAGGAGGCGCACCAGAACUUUACCUACGCCUGCAUGAACAGUGUGGCAUGGUACAGUACGAAGGACGAGAGCCACGACAAUGCGCUGAGGUUCUUGGGUGAAAAUGAGAUCGACAUUGGGUACGAUCAGUCCAAGAUCAAGCCGACGGUGCUGGUCGAUGGUUGUAAGACGGGUCGCAGCAAGAGCGAGACAGUGUUCGAGGUGCGCACGGCCAAGCUGCAGUACCUGCCCAUCAUCGAUUUCUAUCCGGUCGACUACGGGCAACCGAAUCAAGCGUUCGGCUUCCAGCGUACCAAGUUAUCGAACGCCGAACAGUUUCAAACUGCGCUGUUAAAUGUUUCGCCAACGGAAGUGACUCGACUCGAUAAUGGUUUGCGUGUGGCAAGUGAAAACUGUGGCUCUGAAACGGCUACCGUCGGAUUAUGGAUUGAUACGGGAUCACGAUGGGAAAGCGAAGCGAACAACGGGGUGGCUCAUUUCCUCGAACACAUGGCAUUUAAGGGAACGACCAAACGGUCGAAAACAGAACUCGAACUGGAGAUCGAGAACAAGGGCGCACACCUGAACGCAUACACGUCACGUGAGCAAACUACCUUCUAUGCCAAGUGUCUCUCGAAGGAUGUGCCACAAAUGGUUGAGAUACUGGCCGAUAUCAUCCAGAACCCGACGCUAGCUGAGGCCGACAUCGAGCACGAACGAGCGGUGAUACUGCGCGAGAUGCAGGAAGUGGAGAGCAACCUAAAAGAGGUCACAUUUGAUCAUCUGCACGCCACUGCUUACCAGGGCACACCGCUCGGUAACAGCAUCCUCGGUCCGACCAGGAACAUCGAAUCGAUUAGUAAGACCGAUCUUCGGCAGUACAUGGAGGCGCAUUAUAGGGCACCGCGUGUUGUACUGGCCGCUGCCGGAGGAGUCCAGCAUGAUGAGUUGGUGCAGUUGGCCGAGCAACAAUUUCGCGGACUCAGCUCUGAGAUCGGUGGUGACGUUACCACGUUAAGUCCUUGCCGAUUCACUGGAUCGGAGGUGCGCGUGCGAGAUGACUCGCUUCCGCUUGCACAUGUUGCAAUCGCUGUUGAAGGAUGCGGUUGGACGAAUGCAGACAGUACGCCCAUGUUGGUGGCGAACACGCUGAUCGGAAUGUGGGACCGUUCGCAGGCUGGUGGAGCUAACAAUGCGUCAACGCUGGCCGUUGCGGCCACCGUGGGUAACCUAUGCCACAGUUACCAAUCGUUUUACACGUGCUACAAGGAUACUGGCUUGUGGGGUAUCUACUUCGUUUGUGAUCCACUUCAGUGCGAAGAUAUGCUGUUUAACGUACAGAACGAGUGGAUGCGCCUCUGCACGAUGAUAACCGAGAGUGAGGUGGAGCGUGCCAAAAAACAGCUGAAAACGCAAACGUUACUUCUACUCGAUGGUACUACGUCAAUCUGCGAGGAUAUAGGACGGCAGAUGCUGUCUUGUAAUCGUCGCAUUCCACUGCAUGAAUUCGAGCACCGAGUCGACAGAGUGACGGCGCAGAAUGUGCGCGAUGUGGCGAUGAAGUACAUAUUCGAUCGCUGUCCAGCCGUUGCUGCCGUCGGACCGGUAGAGAACUUACCCGACUAUAUGCGCAUACGAUCGUCGAUGUACUGGGCACGAGUUUAAAUUUUUUCAUCCGUAGCUGUGGA